AUGCUGCUCCUCGCGAUCCCCUCUUGCCCCUCCUUUCAAACUGUUCUUCCCUUGCUACUUGCUCUGUUAGUCAUGUAUCCCGUAUCCCUUUGUGGAACGGAGAGAGCGAACCGGUUCGAAUCAGUCACGCGCCUCGUCUUCCUACCUGAUAACGAGUACAACUCGAAAUGCCUCGACGGAAGUACCCCCGCAUACUACUUCCGCGCGGGGGCGGGCGCGGGGAGGCGCAAGUGGCACGUGCAUCUGCCCCAGGGCGGCUGGUGCUUCUCGCCGCUCAAGUGUCGCGAGCGCGCCAACUCCCCCCUUGGCUCCUCGCGCUUCUGGGCCACGCACCUGCCUGCCGUUGUUAAAAACGGCGGAAAGAUCAAUAAUCAUUGGCCUGCAGCUGCGUGCGCUGGAGAGUGGCGCUGGAGAGUGGCGCUGGAGAGUGGCGCUGGAGAGUGGCGCUGGAGAGUGGCGCUGGAGAGUGGCACUGGAGAGUGGCGCUGGAGAGUGGCGCUGGAGAGUGGCGCUGGAGAGUGGCGCUGGAGAGUGGCGCUGGAGGGUGGGGCUGGAGAGUGGCGCUGGAGAGUGACGCUGGAGAGUGGCGCUGGAGAGUGGCGCUGGAGAGUGACGCUCCAGCACUGGCUGGCGGUACUCGGCAUCCGAGUCGUAUCCACAGCUGGGCGGGCUCCUAUCACAGGACAGCGCAACCAACCCCUUGUUCCACGGGUGGAACCUGAUCUGUGCACGCAGAGGGGCAUGGGGGCGGCGUUGCAUGUCCUCUUCUCGGGCAGCUCAGCGGGCGGCCAUGCCAUCAUCAUGCACUGCGACCGCCUCGCUGCUGCCUUCCCCCACGCCAAAGCCACCUGCCUUGCCAACUCGGGCUUCUUCGUUGACGCCAAGGACCGCUUUGGGGUGUACUCGUGGCGGGAAUACAUUCAGCAGCUCACCGCUCUGCACCUCAUUGAAGUUCCCAAAUGCCCUGCAGGUAAAAACAGCAUGAAGAUACCACCUAUCAGGUGA